GGCUGCACGCUGCCACCAUGGCACCGAGGCUCCCGGGAAUGGGGCCCUUCUCCCUCCUCAGCCUUGGAGUCCUGCUCCUGCUCCUGGCUCUCCCUGCUGAUGUUAAUGGGCUCUCUCAGAAGCACGUCUCAGACGUCGUGGAUGACAGCAAGGACAACAUCACCAUUUUCACGCGCAUCCUGGACCGGCUCCUGGACGGCUACGACAACCGCCUGCGGCCCGGCCUCGGAGACAGUGUAACUGAAGUCAAGACAGACAUUUACGUGACGAGUUUCGGCCCUGUCUCGGACACAGACAUGGAAUACACCAUUGAUGUCUUUUUCCGGCAAUCCUGGAGAGAUGAAAGGCUGAAGUUUGAUGGUCCCAUGAAAAUCCUUCCCCUGAACAACCUGCUGGCCAGUAAGAUCUGGACUCCUGACACUUUCUUCCACAACGGGAAGAAAUCUGUUGCCCACAACAUGACCACCCCCAACAAGCUGCUGCGCCUGGUGGACAACGGCACCCUCCUGUACACCAUGAGGCUGACCAUCCACGCCGAGUGCCCCAUGCACCUGGAGGACUUCCCCAUGGACGUGCACGCCUGCCCCCUGAAAUUUGGGAGCUAUGCCUACACAAAGACAGAGGUGAUCUACACCUGGACCCUGGGGAAGGAUAAAUCUGUGGAAGUAGCCAAGGGUGGAUCUCGCCUGAACCAGUAUGACCUGCUGGGCCACGUGGUUGGCACGGAGAUGGUUCGAUCCAGCACAGGGGAAUACGUCGUCAUGACCACGCACUUCCACCUCAAGAGGAAGAUUGGGUACUUUGUCAUCCAGACCUACCUGCCCUGCAUCAUGACUGUCAUCCUGUCCCAGGUUUCCUUCUGGCUCAACAGGGAGUCCGUUCCUGCCCGCACGGUUUUUGGUGUCACCACGGUGCUCACCAUGACCACACUAAGCAUCAGCGCCAGAAACUCCUUGCCCAAGGUGGCGUACGCGACGGCCAUGGACUGGUUCAUAGCCGUCUGUUACGCCUUCGUGUUUUCUGCGCUGAUCGAGUUCGCCACCGUCAACUACUUCACCAAGCGCAGCUGGGCCUGGGAUGGCAAGAAGGUGCUGGAGGCCCAGGAGAUGAAGAAAAAAGAGCCGGUGGCGCUGGCCAAGAAAACCAACAACACCUACAACAUCGUUGGCACCACCUACGCCCUGAACAUCUCCAAGGAGCCCGGCCUGCCCACCAUCUCCAAGAGUGCAGCUGCCACAGCCACUGCCACCAGCGUGCCCCCCAAGCUGCCCCGCCUGGAGGAGAAGCUCCCCGAGAGCAAGAAGACCUACAACAGCGUCAGCAAGGUAGACAAGAUGUCCCGCAUCGUCUUCCCAGUGCUCUUUGCCAUUUUCAACCUGGUCUACUGGGCCACCUAUGUGAACCGGGAGUCAGCUAUCAAGGGAAUGAUCCCCAAACAGUAAAACAGGUCACACAAACCUUCCAUCUGUCAGCAUCAUCCCAGCAGGAAUUCUCCAGGGCUUUCUUCUUUUCUUGUUUUGUUUAAUUAUUAUUGUUCAUUUGGUAUUAUGAUUAUGGUUAUUAUUAUUAUUAUUAUUAUUAUUAUGUCACUCUUUUAUAAUGUAAACAAAACUGUGAUUUUAAUUUAAUCCCAUA